AUGCAUUCGAGCCACGCUGAUGACCCCAAGGAAUCCAUACAGCUGAUCAAGAAGCAGCUGGUGAAUGCCAUCAAGGCGUUGCAGAAGCAGUACGUGACCUCGGAUGCCAUUGUCACCAGUGACGAUGGGAACGCGAACACCCUCUGCAGCACCCUGGAAGCCGUCUUCGUGCACGGGCUGAAGGCGAAGCAUAUAAAGACAGAGAGUGGGGGCAAAGGGAAGAAAGCAGGGGGUCGGGGACCGCUUCCCCAGCCGGUCUUCUGGGGUCUGCUGAAGAGCAUUACCCAUCGCAAUAUUGUCUCAGAACUGGAACAGCUCAUUUUCAUCAAUACAGACGUCGGCCGCUGCCGAGCCUGGCUGAGGCUGGCUUUGAACGAUGGCCUCAUGGAGUGUUACUUGAAGCUGCUGCUGCGGGAGAGGUCCCGACUGCCCGAGUACUACCAGGCGACUGCUCUGCUCUUAGAUGCCGAGGAGUGCGAGUUUCUCCUUAGCUACUUGCAGGGCUUAACGUCUUUAACCUUCGAGCUCUCCUAUAAAUCGGCGGUUUUGAACGAGUGGACCAUCACCCCUCUGUCCCUGUCAGGUCUGUGCCCUGUGUCGGAGCUGCUGGAGCCCCUCACGUCCUCGACAUCCGAACCCCGCAGAAAAGAAUCGCUGGGUUCGAUCUCCCAAUCGUCGGGGUCGGACGAGAUCGAGAUCCAACCCUCCGUCCUACCCAUCAGCAAAGCCAGCAGCAAAAUCAAGCUCACGUCGUCGUCGUUGAGCCUGAACACCACGAGCUCGUCCCAGCUCUCCUCCAGCCUGGGCUCUGACAGCAUCCUCCCGGCUCACUGCGCCCGCAGCCCCGAGCGGAGCGAGGAGCCGCUCUCCUGCGACUCUGACCUGGGGACGGCCACCGCCGAGGACCUCGACAGGUCUCUGCAAGAGUGAGUCCUUUCCUCGAUCUCCUCUCCAGGCAGAAGCGACACAGUCGGCAGCAGCGAGGCAAGUCAGGCUGUCCGCAGCCCGACGGCCGAAUACCUCCUUUCCCCGCUGCUGGGUUGUCCGAAAAGAAAGAGCUGGAUCUCAGAAGAUGAUUUCUACAGGCCUUCUCCGGCAGACGGCAGCGAAAGCACGGCCGACAUCAACGGCUUUGGGCCGGAGGAGGCUGGCGAGGGUCUGGCCCCAGGGCUCAUCAGCGCUCUGGACCUGGAAAGGCUGUCGGUGCCGUCCUCGGAGAGCGGGAAGCCCAAAAUGUCACCCGAACGUGAGCAAAAGGGCUUCAGCGUUGUGCAUCGCAGGCAGAUGGGUCUUUCCAACCCUUUCCGAGGGCUCCUGAAGCUGGGCAGCCUGGAGCGGAGAGGAGCCAUGGGGAUAUGGAAGGAGUUUUCCUGCGAGCUGUCGCCGCUGGAGCUCCGGCUCUUCCUGGACCACGAGGACCGCAUCUGCGUCGAGAGCUAUUCCCUGUUGCGGUGCGAGUCGCUGGCACUGACGCACUCGGACGGCCGUUUCGAGCUGGUUUUCCUGGGGAAAAAACUCUACCUCCGAGCUCCCUCUCGAGACGAGGCCGAGGACUGGUUGGACAGGAUCCGUGAGGCACUGCAGAAGUGCCGGCCCCAGCUGGAGGAAGAGGAGUGGGAGACGCUGGAGUGUGCAGAAGAUGGUGGUGAAGGCCAGCCUGUCCAGAGCGACUCCGCUGCUCUGCUCCAGUACAGCGACGUGCCUGGGAACAGCUUGGACUGGACUUCAGCUCACGAACCGGAGCUGGAUGCAAUAAAAGAGGCUGUUCUGUACAUGGACGUAGACAAAACCUGGGUGCCCUUUAUUUUUUCCCUGUCUCUAGAAACUUUAAAGUGCUUUAAAGUUAGAAGCAACGAUAAAAUUUUAAGCAACAGUUACGGUAUAGAGACAAUCCAGGACAUCCUUCCGGACACGAGCCUUGGAGGACCCGCGUUCUUCAAGGUGAUCACCUCCAAAGCUGUCCUGAAGCUGCAGGCUGAGAACGCGGCUGAAGCGGCCUCGUGGCGGGAGCUGGUCCGAGGGGUGCUCAUGUCCUACCUGGAGAGCGCAGAGGAGGCGCUGACGCUGGGUGGCACCUUGGACGGGCACUCCCAGGUCGUCCUGAAGAACAUUGUGAAGGAGAACGGCUUCUUGUUGCAAUACCUGGUGGCCAUCCCCAUGGAGAAGGGCUUGGACUUGCAGAGCUUCAUCUGUGCAGGCUGCUCCAGGCAGAUCGGCUUCUCCUUUGCAAAGCCCAAGCUCUGCGCCUUCUCCGGUCUCUACUACUGCGACAGCUGCCACCGGGACGAGGAAACGGUGAUUCCCUCGCGCCUCAUCCACAACUGGGAUCUGACGAAACGAGGGGUUUGCCGGCAGGCUUUGAAGUUCCUCACCCAGAUCCGUAACCAGCCACUGAUUGACCUGAAGCUGGUCAACGAGAGCCUGUACGACCACGUGGAGAGGAUGAGACGGAUCCAUCGGAGCAGGGAACAGUUAAAGCUGCUGGGAGAUUAUCUCAUCAUGUGCCGCAGCGGGGCCCUGAAGGAGCUGAGCAAGCGGCUUGAUCACAGACACUACCUCUUGGAGUGUCCCCAUAAAUACAGCGUCGCUGAUCUCAGGCAGAUAGCCGACGGCGUCUUUGAGACCUUCCUGCAGUCGCUGCUCCAGUUUGCUUCCCAUCACGUCUACAGCUGCGACCUGUGCACCCAGCGAGGCUUCAUCUGCCAGAUCUGCAACAGCAGCGACAUCAUUUUUCCCUUCGAGUUUGACACUACCACGAGGUGA